CAGCCGCACCAACCGGCCCAAUCGCCGCGCAGAGAUCCCCCCAACCGAAGACUGGACCCAGAGGAGAACCGGCCGGGAAAGUCCAGUCUCUAUCAGACAGGUAUCGGUGCAGCGACCAGGAACAACAGCCGCCCACCUGUCGUCUUUAACCGGCGCUCCUCCAGCCUGCUCUACCAGUUUGACAUCCUGAGGCGAGAGUCCGACUUCACACAUGAUGCUUUCUGCAUGAGCGAGUGCAGGAAGGAGAAGGAGGAGAGGGAGUAUUACUGCUACAGUGAGUUUGCUGUAAAUGGGAUAGUUCACGAUAUUGAUGUGGUGCGUAAAGGAAUACGUCUCAUUACAUUGAUGGUGAGCAGCGACGGUUUCUACAAGAUGAGUCGUCUCUACGUGACCCCAGACAGCUUUUUCUUCAAAGUUCGCCUUCUGGUCCUGGACACCUACAAGUGCAGCAAGCCCUGCCCCGACAUCAAACUCGGGACCAGAUACAUCAUAAUGGGACAGAUCUACCACCGGAGGCGCCACCUCCCCACUGACCUCCUGAACCUACUGGGGGGUAAACUGAAACGAGACGGACUCCUGCGGAGCAACAACUAUGUCAAGAGAUUCAACAAACGGAGGCACCAGAAAGCCCUGGAGGCCACCCGCUCCAGGUGUAGGUGAACCAAAGAUAAGACUAUCGGCCCCUGCUGCAGGGGAAGAGACAUUGCAGCUUAUUUGAACUGAUCAUAACUAAUAACCCCUCAGUGUUGUGCAAGACGGAAGAGAUUUUGCAGAGGGCAUGGAUUUAUUUUCAUAUGGACUGCUAUGAUGUAUCCUUAUCCUGGUUUAUCUUUUUUACUCCUCCGUAAAGUUCCUCAAGUACUGACUUGUGGUGUCUUUGAUAGAAACACAAGCAGCUUCAAUUAAAUGGAUUUUUCAAGAUCAGUUUUUAACAUCUGGGAAAUCAAACCUAUCCGUUAAUAUUUUUCAUAAAACAGCAACUUCACUCAAACUCCUCAUUCAUUCAUGGCUGGUUCAUGAAGUCCCAAAAUUGCUGAUCUAAAGAACAUAGAUUUGAACUCAGAGUAUGCCUUCGACAUGCUUU